CAAAUCAUUAGCUUUUCACCUGCUGCUCCAUCUGGAGACAUCAUACACUGCUCAAACUCUCCGCCGCUCUCUCAUCAUUGCAAGCUCUCAUUAUUUUUUUUCAACAAUCGGACGGUGGAAGUUCAAUGGAGAACGCGGACGUUUUCUUGGGCCUGCACGACUUUCUAGAACGCAUGCGCCAACCCUCUGCCGCCGAUUUCGUCAAAUCCAUCAAGAGUUUCAUUGUGUCAUUCUCAAACAAUGCUCCUGAUCCAGAAAGGGAUAGUGCCGCAGUGCAGGAGUUCUUUUCCAAUAUGGAAGCCGCUUUCAGGGCUCAUCCACUUUGGGCUGGUUGUUCAGAGGAGGAGCUGGAGAGUGCCGGUGAAGGAUUGGAGAAGUAUGUAAUGACAAAAUUAUUUACCCGUGUAUUUGCAUCAAUUGCUGAUGAUGUAAAAUUUGAUGAAAAUUUUUAUGAGAAGACUGCUUUGGUUCAACAAUUCAUUCGGCCUGAAUAUUUGGAUAUUAAAUCAACCUUUCAAAACGAAUCAUCAUGGCUGCUUGCACAGAAAGAGCUGCAGAAGAUAAAUAUGUACAAGGCUCCAAGAGAUAAGCUUGUAUGUAUUCUCAAUUGUUGCAAGGUUAUCAACAAUUUACUCCUUAAUGCUUCCAUAGCUUCAAAUGAGAAUCCCCCUGGCGCUGAUGAAUUUCUUCCGGUCCUAAUUUAUGUUACUAUAAAGGCAAACCCUCCACAGCUACACUCGAAUCUGUUGUAUAUUCAAAGAUUCAGGUCUCAAUCCCGGUUGGUUGGAGAAGCAGCCUACUUUUUCACUAACAUGCUCUCUGCAGAGUCUUUCAUCUCAAACAUUGAUGCACAAGCCCUUUCGAUGGAGGAGUCUGAGUUUGAAAAGAAUAUGGAAUCUGCUCGAGCCCUACUAUCUGGUCUUUCGACAGAUAUGGAUGGCCUGUCUGAUCAAAGUGUAGGACAAAUUUCUAGAGAAGAACUUAUAGAAUCCAAACAUCAUGCACUAAAUUCUAAGAAGGAAAAGGAACCUGUGAUACGGUCCAAAUCUUCCGAUACAAAGUCUGGAGGUAAGAAAGUAGCAUUUGCAAAAGAUCAGGCACCAAUAACAAAAGUUCCAUCCCUCUCAGAGUUGGAGAAUAAAGGGGCAAACAUGCUUUUGAAGGAGGACAAGGCAAACAAAAUCUUUCAGGAGUAUCCAUACUUGUUUGCCCAUGUUGGUGACCUUACAAUUGACAAUGUAGAAGACCUGCUGAAUAAUUAUAAGCAACUUGUUUUUAAAUACGUUUGUCUUUCCAAAGGGUUGGGUGGUGCUACUCCCUCACUUCCUUCAUUGGAUUUGCAUACUCAAGCCCAACCUCAUGCUGAAACUGUGAAGGAAUCUGAAGAUCGUAGAACAUCAGAGCUGAAUGAUGAAUCACACAAAAAUACCAGCGGCUCAGAUGAUGGUUCUAAUCAAGCUUUAGUUUCUGGUGAAGAUAUUGCCGAAUCCCAGUUGCUGGAGGAUGGGGCAAAUGUACAUGAAGAUGGGAAAAAUGAUGAGACUUCUCAAUGACCAUCUUCUGGAAAGGCAUUUCGUGUAGACAAAUGUUGAGUCUUCAAUGGGGUAGCCAGGCAAUUAGGCUCUUUCUUUCUCUUGUCUUGCAGUGGAAAGCUAAUUUUGAUAAAAAUAGCAUUGGGUUGCGGAGAGUGGUACAUGCUGUCUGAAUAUUCCAAGUGAAUCAUAGAAGUGCAAUGAGAAAAUCAAGGGAAGAUGUGGGAAUAUCGCAUUGGAAGUUCAUCAAAUAGAAUUCCUGAGAAGAUGCAUAUUUCGGGUGCUGGUCUCUCCGUUCAACCUAACUCAGAAAUGUAUAUCCAUCAUGCAUUCAAGGUACUAUCGUUUAUGGUUGGCUCAGGAUUAAAAGCUAUAGGAGCUUGAAACAUAGGAAGGAUAGUUCACAUAUAGCUUCGGGGAUGAAAAUGUGGGGGAUGGCCCCAUGGUAACGCAGUCCCUGCUUAACUGUGUUUGACCGAAGAGUAUUAAAUUUUCAUCAAUGAACAUGAAAAUUUUUAUUUAUCUGUUGCCAGAAGAUAAAAAAUUAAUGAAUCACCAUUCGUUAAUCUCUAAGAAAAGUUGCCCCAUCAGGAAAGAAACCUGAAAAAUGUAUAA